UGCCAACCACGCGAGAUUUGCCUUUACUUAAGAACAUGGCGGCAUUCAAGAGAAAACGUGGAGGAAACAGACCAGUUCACGAAAAGGCAAAAAAGGUUAAAUUUGUUACAGACGGAGGUGAAACACCAGCUGAAGUUGAACAUGAGACGAUAAAUGAAGUCACAGUCCCAGCACCAGUUUCGCUGGGAAAAUGGACCAACAAGGAAAGGGUUCUUAUCUUUUCCUCAAGAGGAAUCAACUUCAGAACACGACACCUGAUGCAAGAUCUGAGAACAAUGAUGCCUCAUUCAAAAGCAGAUACAAAAAUGGACAGGAAAGACAAGUUGUUUGUUGUUAAUGAGGUCUGCGAAAUCAAGAACUGCAACAAAUGCAUCUUUUUUGAGGCCAAAAAGAAGCAGGACCUCUACAUGUGGAUUUCUAACUGCCCUCAUGGACCUUCAGCAAAGUUCCUGGUUCAAAACAUUCAUACUCUAGCUGAACUUAAAAUGACAGGAAACUGCCUGAAAGGAUCUCGGCCACUGCUUUCGUUUGAUCCUAAAUUUGACAGUGAGCCCCACUACGCUGUACUAAAGGAGCUUUUCAUCCAGACGUUUUCCACUCCACGCUACCACCCUAAAAGUCAGCCUUUUGUGGAUCACGUCUUCACAUUCACCAUUACAGACAACAGGAUAUGGUUCAGAAACUACCAGAUAAUUGAGGAGGAUGCCUCACUGGUGGAGAUUGGACCUCGAUUUGUUCUGAACCUUAUGAAGAUCUUUCAAGGGAGCUUUGGAGGGCCCACACUCUAUGAAAACCCAAACUUCCAGUCUCCUAACUUGCACCGGCGAGAGCUGCGACUGGCGGCAGCAGCCAAAGUACGUGAGAAGCAGCUGGUCAAGGAGAUGCAGAAAAUGAAGAGGACAGAAGCAAAGGAAAACUUGAACAAAGAUGUUACAGCUGAUGUCUUUGUCACACCAGCUGAGGAGAAGCCUGUUCACAUCCAAACGGAGGCACCUGAGCCAAAAGUGGUAAAGAAGAACAAACACAAAGCUUUCAAAAGACAAAGGAUGCAGAGGGCACGAAGAUAACUGGAUGGACUGAAUUUUGUUGAGUCACUGAUUGCUCAGUUUAAAGUCAGGUUAUUAGUCCCGUAUUGUGACCUUUUGUGGAAGAUUUCCUUUGAUGCAUCCCACAAUUAUCAUAAAAACCCUAAAAA